ACAUCACUGUCAGAUAAGCACUCAUAAGACGCACAACCUUAGUGAACGUGUGACCAGUUGUGACUGGUUGUGACCAGUUGUGACAUUCAGCGAGUUUAUCUGGCAUGGUAUCGAAUGUGAGCGCACGCAACGAGCAAAGUCGAACGAAGUCGAGCAAACCCGAAUUAUCUCGAAGCGUAGUCGAAAGUGAUCCAUCGCGAAAUGGCGGUGGCAGGUGUCUGCUCGGUCGGAAAAAAUGUGCGCGGUCUUUUUCGCAUAAAGUUGAUUUCUGAGAAGUGCCUGGUGCAUUUGCGCAUAUAGGUAAAAGAGGAUGAGUGUUACACCAAGGAAGGGUGCAGUGAACAAGGACUUUCCAUGGACGAAUUUCAAGAUUCUGGACAGUGAAUACGAUUUAGUCCAGUGCAAGUUAUGCAAAAAAGAAAUAUUUUUAACGAGCAAUCGUACAAAAAUCCUUAUAGGACACAUGUCCCACAAUCACCGAAAUAAAAUUUCUGAAGCUCAUAAUAAAACUUUAGUGAAUAUGUCGAAAAAUUCGAACCUUAAGAGAUCAUUCGUCUGGCAUUACUUUUAUAGAUUGGGCGACACAGCUAAAUGCAGAGUGUGUCAAUACGAAAUUCGCAAUAAGAACAGCAACACUUCGUCUCUGAUCAGACACUUGCUGCAGGUACAUAAAAUUAAGAGAGGCACAAUGGUUAAUGAUUUGAAGGAAUUGCCAACGAUGCCCAGACAAUCAUCAAAUAUGGGUAGCUGCAUGCGCGAGCGUGUAUUUCGUAGCUUCGAAGAGACCGCCAAAGGUAUUUGGAAAUGCAAACUUUGUUCAUACGUUUCGAGAACAAAAAAACUCAUGACAAUGUUUUGUCACCUCAAAGUCGCUCAUUGGAAAGCUAAUGGCCCUGCGUACAGUGACUUCGUUAUUGAAAGUAAACUCUACCCUAACAUUAUGGUAAAGGAAGACGAUCACGUUGGCUGUACCGAUCAUGACGGUUCAACAGUAGUUUUAAGCUCAUCUGAAAAAUCACGAACGACUGACUCGGGUGAACCUCUUGGCAAUGCGGAAACUUAUGUUCUAGACGAUGAUCUUAUCGCCAGACUCAGCAAAUCUGGUUCUAAUAAUUCGAAUAAAGCUACUGACACUGAUCAGGGUAAUAUUGCUCAAAUUGCUGCUAAUACCAGUAUGACUGAAAAGAUCAUUACUCAAAUGGGAGCACAGGGACAAAACUCAACAAUGGUUGAACCUUGUAUUGCAGGUGGUAACAAUUGUGCAGUUAAUAUCAAUGUAAUAGAUAAUAAGAAUCAAAUAGGAUGUUUGGUAUUUCGCCAUGAAGAGAAUAUUGAACUUGUUGAUCAAGGUCAAACACAAACUCAAAACUCUGUUAAUCUUGAUCAUAAUUAUCAUGACGAAUCAAGAACUAUGUCACCAGUUAUUACAAUUGAAAAUUCUGCAAGAGAUGAAAGAAAUGAGCAUUGUCACGACGAUAUGGAUAUCCAAGUUCCUAUAGAUCACGAAAGAAAAUUUGAUCAUCAGUAUUCGAGGAAAUCUGGAGCAAGAAUGAGCUUUGCUCGUUUAUCAAAAACCUUGAAAGAUGCAUCCAAUGACAUUUCUAUUGAAAAUAAAAAUAUUAAAGGAAAGAACGAUGUAGCUUGUAUAUCUUUGGAUUCAUCGCAAGUUACAUGUUCCUCUGAAAUAUCUGAUAAUAAGGAGGAUUUUAGAGAUUUUGAACUUCAAGUACCGUUACAAAAUUUACAGAAUGUUAGCAGAGAAGUUAGAAGAGGAAAUAAUGACCCACCAUCAUACUACCAAUAUAUCAAAAUUGAAAAAGCUGGAGAAAAGCAAAAUGUUGGUGUAGUUACUUUGAAUAGGCCAAAAACCUUGAAUGCAAUUUGUGAUAAAUUAAUGAGAGAGUUAGCUGAUGCGGUGAAGAAGUUCGAUAAAGAUGCAAGUGUAGGAUCUAUAGUGAUAACAGGAAAUGAAAAAGCAUUUGCUGCUGGUACAGAUGUAAAUGAGCUGGCGAAUAUAACAUUUUCUCAAACCCUCAAGUCUGGCUUUAUGAGUCACUGGGCAACAAUAUCAAAAGUGACCAAACCAGUGAUAGCUGCCGUCAACGGUUACGCUCUUGGCGGAGGCUGCGAGUUAGCUAUGAUGUGUGAUAUUAUAUACGCGGGACAUAAAGCUCGCUUUGGACAGCCAGAAAUAAUACUGGGAUAUUUUCCAAAUAACGGCGGUACUCAAAGGUUAACGAGAAUUCUCGGAAAAAGUAAAGCCAUGGAAAUGAUUCUCACGGGCAGUCAGAUAACAGCACAAGAGGGUGAAAAAUUAGGGCUCGUUAGCAAAGUGUUUCCAGCAGAUCGGUUGCUUUCCGAGGCAAUAAAAUUAGGCGAGAAAAUAUCAAUAAAUUCACAAUUAAUUAUGGCAAUGGCGAAAGAAGCAGUAAACACAGCUUAUGAAACAACCUUGCAAGAAGGAUUAAAAUUUGAAAAAAGACUCUCAUAUGCAACAUUUGCUACGGCGGAUCUCAAGGAAGGACUUAAAGCUUUUAUGGAGAAGCGGACACCUAAGUUCAGUAAUCAGUAAAAACUGUUUGCUACUGCAGCAAGAAAUAAUACUAACAGUUACUUAAUUAAGUAUUCAAAAUAGAUGCUGAAAUAUUAACAAAAAAAAGGAAAGAAAAAAUGUAAAAUUUCAAUGCGUAAAAUAUUUUUUAAAAGUUACAUAUGUUUGAUGGCAAUGUACAUAUUACAUAGGUCACAUAUAAGGCUCUAGAAAUAAAGUUUUCUAUGUGUGAAUGAAUAA